AUGGAGGCACUCAAGAAAAUCGGCCGCUUACUUGCGCCGCCUCCCGACAAGGGCGAAGAUGGCCGUGACCAGUGGCCGUCGCGUGCCUCCUUCAUCCUGGCCUCCAUGGGUGGUGCUGUCGGCAUGGGCAACAUGCUGCGGUUUCCAUCCCAGGUCUACAACAACGUCGGUCUGCAGUGGUUCGUCCCUUACCUGCUCGCCGUCUUCCUCUUGGCCAUUCCUGCGCUCGCGCUCGAGCUCGCGGCGGGCAACGCCUAUCGUGGCGGCUGCGUGGUUGCCUACAAUUCUAUCAGCACGCGGAUGAAGGGCACGGGCAUGGCUCUCAACUACGUUGGGCUCAUCGUCGUGACCUACUUUGUGCCUAUCCUCGCUUGGAUCAUGAUUUAUUUCCAGCACUCAUUCUCCAGUCCUUUGCCGUGGGAAGGCCGCGGGCAGGAGUAUUUCAUGUACAACGUGGUCAGCGCAGUCGACCCUGUCGAGAAGAAUGGCUGGGUCACCUACCCCGGCAUCAAGGUUGUUGGCGACAUCAUGGGCUGGAACACAUUCACUUGGUUCCUCGUCUGGCUGUGCAUGUUCCGAGGCGUGGGCAUGACCGGUCGUGUCGUCUAUUUCACGAUGGGUCUGCCUAUCAUCACUAUGAUUAUCAUUCUUGGCCGUUCCGUCUCGCUCGAGAAUGCCGGCGAGGGCAUCAAGCUAUACUUUGGUUCUUGGUUUAGCGAGAAGCUCGCCGGAGGUAAGAUUUGGCAAGAUGCGGUCGGCCAGGUCUUUUUCUCGACUGGUGUCGGAUUCGGAUACUACACGGCUUAUGCCUCGUACAACCGUGCCAAGGCCAACACUGUGCAGGAUGCCUUUAUCAUUGUGUGCGCCAACUGCCUCUUCGAGACCAUUGCCGCCUUUGCCGCCUUUGGUGUUGUGGGCUUCUUGAGGCUGUGGCCCUGGGAGAACGAGGCUCUCGGGACCUAUAGUCUCGGAUUCGUGACCUAUCCUGAGGCGAUACUCGCGAUGCCUGGCGCCAACUUUUGGGCUGUCUUGUUCUUCUUUACCCUUAUGCUCCUCGGCGUCAGCUCGUCGUUUGCCAUGUUGGAUGCUGUUGUUACACUCGCCAUGGACUCGGAACUGGGCAAAAAGCACAGUCGCCCAGUGGUCGCCACUACAAUCGUCAUUGUGUCCUUCCUGCUGUCUAUUCCCUUCUGCACUGAGUUUGGCUACUGGUAUAUGGACGGUGUCGACCGGUGGAUCAACAACAUCGGCCUUGUCUUCGUCGUCUGGGCCGAGUGUACCUUUUCCACGACACUCUACCGCUGCAAAGACGUUGAGGGCCAGGUUGGCGCCCCGGCCUUCUACACCUACAACUGCGCGUACUUUGGUUCUCAGAUCCUGGGUGUUGCCAUUGGACAUGCCGUCAUGCCUGGGGUUGGUGCGGGCGUCGGCUUUGCCAUUUUUUUUAUCGGUGCCGCCAUUGCGAUGUUCAUCUCCAAGACACCCGACUCCCCAGGCACCCCAAAGUUCUGGUCCAAGAACAAGUUCUUGAGCGCCCUGUUUUAUCUAGCCUUCUACUCGGGCGAUCAACUAAGGCUAGACUUCAACAAUGUUGUCGGUCUGGGCAAGAAUUGGACAUUUCCAAUCUUUUGGGCCCCUCUCCUGCGAUACAUCACCGGGCCCAUUCUCGCCAUCAUCUUUGGAUUCGCGUACCCUUCCUUCCAGACUGUGAAGAAUGAUCCGAUGUAUAUUUUUGGAUUCAUUACGGCCCACUUCCUCCUUGUUUGGGUUCUUUCCGGUGUUUUCUAUCCCCGGUGGUUGAAUGUCUUCGUACCCGUUGAACGCAGGGAUGACGGCUUUAUCCCUUACGCUCCGAAUGUGCCUCGAGGUGUCAUCUUUGGCGAAGGUUCUGACGAAGCCGUCGAGACGGGGUCUGGAACCAGAGACAAUGAUGGUAAGGAGAAGAAGUCGGAUUCUGAACCGAUCCCCUCUUAG